AUGUCAUGGAUUGGAUACAGUGAUGUCAUUGAGUAUUUUCAGCCGGGUGAUUUGAUCAUUGGUGGCAUUGUGUCUCUGAUCUCAAUCACUGGAGACAUGAAUAACUUCAGGCAACCCUAUGACUCCUGGAAUGAUGAGACAGUUGUCUUGACAAACAACUACCAGCAUGUUCUAGCAUUGGCUUUUGCUGUGAAGGAGAUCAAUGAAAACCACCAGAUAUUACCCAAUGUAACCUUAGGCUUCCAUAUCUAUGAUAGCUUUGCAAAAGGGACAUGUCAUGCCAUCAUGGUCCUUCUCUCUCAGCAGACUAGAUUUAUUCCCAACUACAAGUGUGGCAUCCAGAAUAACCUUGUAGCAGUUAUUGGAGGUCUUUAUCCUGACACUUCCUUCUAUCUGGCAAUGGUGUUGGGCACCUACAAAGUUUCACAGUUGACAUAUGGAUCUGCUCUACAUCUGAAUGAUGAAAAUGAACCUCAUCCAUUCUACAAUAUGGUUCCAAAUGAAGGCUACCAGCAGAUGGGGCUUCUCCUACUACUUCUGCAUUUCAGGUGGACAUGGGUUGGGGUCAUUGCUAAAGAUAGUAUCAAUGGGGACAAGUUUGUGAAGAUGAUUGCUGCGCAGUUUACUUUGAGGGCCAUCUGUGUUGCCUUCUUACGUCGAGUCAAGACCUUGAAGAGGAGUGACAUUUGGCACUUGAUUAAUGGGAUGUUUGAAUUAUAUAAUAUUGCCAUGAAGAGCAAUGCAAAUGCAUUGAUCUUCUACGAUGAAAAUAUUUUCAUUUUGAGAUGGCUGCUAUAUCUGCCAGAAUUGCAAGAGGGAACCGUAGAGCCUAAAGGUAAAGUGUGGAUUAUGACAAUUGAAAUGGAGCUCACUUCCUUGCUUUACCAAAGGAGUUGGGAUAUACAAGUCCUCCAUGGUGCUCUGUCUUUCUCAGUUCAUUCAAAUGAAGUGUUGGGGUUCCAACAUUUUCUGCAGACCAAAAACCUUUUAUUGACAAAAGAAGAUGGUUUUGUGCACUACUUCUGGGAACAGGCCUUUGAGUGUGGGUUUGACAACAAACCUGGGAAAAUCUGCACUGGGACAGAGAAGCUGGAAGAUCUUCCUGGGAAUGUUUUUGAAAUGAGUAUGACAGGUCACAGCUACAACAUCUAUAAUGCUGUCUAUGCUGUGGCACAUGCUUUAGAAGCCAUACAAUCAUACCAAUCUAAGCACAAAGCAAUGGUGGAUGGAAGGAGAGUAAAUAUUCAGGACCUUCAGCCUUGGCAGCUCCACCAUUUCCUGGAAGGACUCUCAUUUAAUAACAGUGUUGGGGCUGAGAUUUCCUUUGAUAGGAAUAGGGAAUUAAGAGCUGGAUUUGAUAUUAUAAACUGGGUCAUUUUCCCAAAUCAAUCCUUUCAUAGAGUGAAAGUUGGAAAGCUGGAUCCCCAGGCUCCUCCUGAUCAAGUGUUCACAAUUCAUAAUGAAGCUAUCACGUGGCACAAGAGUUUUAACCAGUCAUUGCCCAGAUCUGUGUGUACCGACAGCUGUCAUCCUGGUUAUAGCAAGAGAAAGCAGGAAGGGGAGCCAUUUUGCUGCUACGAUUGCAUCUCAUGUCCAGAAGGGAAGUUUUCAAGUCAGAAAGACACAGAUGAUUGUUACAAAUGCCCAGAAGAUCAAUACCCAAGCAAGGACCAGGAUUCAUGCCUCUUCAAGCAUAAAACCUUCCUGUCUUACGAAGAACCCUUAGGGAUCUCUUUAGCCGUUUUGGCAGUUUUCUUUUCUAUGUUCACAGCUUUAGUUCUAGGGACAUUUCUGAAGCACCAUGACACACCCAUCGUCAAAGCUAACAAUCGGAAUCUCACGUACACUCUCCUCGUCUCCCUCCUGCUCUGUUUUCUCUCUGCUUUGCUAUUUAUCGGACAACCUGAGAAGAUGACCUGUCCGCUCCGACAAACCGCUUUCAGCAUCAUCUUCUCCAUUGCCGUAUCUUGCGUACUGGCAAAGACACUCACGGUUGUCCUGGCUUUCAUGGCCACCAUCCCAGGAAGCAGGAUGAGGAAGUGGGUGGGGAGUAGAAUGGCCACCUCCAUUGUCCUUUCCUGCUCCCUUAUCCAAACUGGCAUUUGUGCUGUAUGGCUGGUCACCUCUUCCCCAUUUCCAGAUGCUGAUAUGAAUUCAGUGAAAGAAGAAAUCGUACUGGAAUGUAACGAGGGCUCCGUUACCAUGUUUUACUGUGUGCUGGGCUAUAUGGGCCUUCUGGCCAUUGCCAGCUUCACUGUGGCUUUUCUUGCCAGAAAACUACCUGACAGUUUCAAUGAAGCCAAGUUUAUCACUUUCAGCAUGUUGGUCUUUUGCAGUGUCUGGCUGUCAUUUGUCCCAGCCUACCUGAGCAGUAAGGGGAAAUACAUGGUGGCUGUGGAGAUUUUCUCUAUUGUAGCAUCUAGUGGUGGGUUGCUGGCUUGCAUCUUUCUUCCCAAAUGCUAUAUUGUUGUAUUCCAGCCAAAGCUGAAUAUGAGGGAGCAAAUAAUGAGAAAGAGAUGA